CAAAAUUUAUUUCCUCAAGAGUCAAGUGUGACAAUACAUAUUUCAAAAUCGUCUUAUUGCGGAAUACAGAGGCUUAAAUCGCCGAAUUUAAAGCUCCCUUGUGAACCUACCGUCUCUUCUGGGCCAAUUGUAUGCAAGACAUGUAAAACUGGAUUGUCAAUUUGUUUUUAAAAUGAAGGAAAAUCGGUGUCGUUCAGUUGAAGCAACUAGCUACCCUUCCCACUUUUGCGACGAAGCUGGCUUUAUUUUAGCUACUGUGACAAAUAUUUAACGGAUAUGGGCCAAAAUCAAGGCAAAGCCGGAGGGAAAAAGAUAGGCACUUUAAAUAGAAAGAAAAACUCUGAAAAGAGUUAUGUCGACAAUUCAGGUAACUUACAGUAAGAAAAGGUCAUGUUUUAUUAAUUUGUCAAGGAUGUAUCUGAGACACAAUGGGCAAUAUUUAUGCUAUUUCUAAAUUGUUUAUUAUGGUUUUUAUCAAGUAUUUACGGAACUAAGUUUCUUUGGCAAUAUUUUAAGCUUUGGCAUACAAUUAAAGAGCAAAAAAUAAUGAAAUAAAAAUGCAAUUAUGAAAACAAAUGCGCAAUAUGGGAUAAUGGAAUUAAGUCCCAAAGUAUUCUAAAUGUUGACAAUAUUCGAUAGAUUUCUAUUUCAUAUAUUACCUAUGUAUAAUUGUUAAAUGUAUCAUUUCUUUGUAUGGUUGGCUAAUUAGUACUGUAAUUUAAACCUCGGCAAACAUAUUUCUUUAUCAUAAUUUCGUCAUAUGUAAAUCGUAACUUGAGUUCAACAGAGCACCUACCAAUAGGAAGACGAUUUAGGGGCCAAUUACAUGAGCCAAGUCGUCCUGGCUAGCCAAGGAGGGACAAUGGUACAGAUACCGCAGCUUCUAUAGUAAGGGAAACGGGCCAACUAACGUAGCCGGGAUGCCACUUGUUGAUAACUGAGACAAUUUGGUUAGCUGAGUCAAAAAUUUUCAAUCAAUAAUCUUUAAUCAAUACCUUUAAGCCAAGGUCACGCUACACAAUGAUACGAUAACUUGUAUACAUGCACUGAUUUGUAAAAAAUCGCUCAGGUGAGCAAUUUUAAAGACGGGGUACAGUCCGGUCUGCGCAUUCACACAUAGGAGUAUCCUACUGUGAUAUAAAGACUUUAAUUAGGUUUUUAUUUCAUUUUAUUGUUGUAUCUUGAUCACUUAUUAUACUGUAGAAGCAUGAAAAUAUAAGUAGUUGUCGAAUAAAGUUCAAUAUUUUGAAUGCCGAAAUGUAAACAAAGGCUUUGUUUACAUAUGGACUGUACCCUACCUACCUAUCGUUAUCGUCAAAUGAUAAUUUCAUCAUUUUCAUUGUAGUGUGGACAUUAACACAAUUUUUUGCCAAUUAUCACAUAUUUACAAUUUAUCGCACCGUUGUGUUGUGUGGCCGGGCCUUUACAGAGAUUUCAUAAAACAUUUGAUGAACGCUUUCCGAACUUCAUUUUGAAAUUGUUCAAAAUCAAAAGUUCAUAUUGAAUGGUUAAUUGAUUCCAGGAAAUUUGAGGCCUGAUUGAAAUUCUCAAGCCGGUUUGUAAUUCGUUAAUUGGUUUUAUGCUGUUGUGGUGUCCCCGCCUUUUUGUUGCUGUCAACUUUAUGUUGUUGCAUGUCACCUUUUUGUCCAACCUUGAAUAGAGUGGAUCGAUAUUGCAAAUACCGAAUACCGAUAUACCGCCAUCAGAAUACUGGUAAAUACCGGUAUACCGGUAUUUUUAACAUGUUUUUUUAAGCCAAACUGAACUGCUGACCGUCAAGAAAAAUCAAGUUUUGACAAAAUGUUAAUGUGCUUGAACAUAUAUAUAUAUACCUAUGUGGUAUAGAAUUGUGUGCUCAAUUCAGGUAAAUGUAGAGGACUGAGGAAAGAUUUUGUUGAUAUAGCACCGUUUUCUAACCGACCAUUACCUGACACACCACCUGACCCAAAUUCUCUCAAACGAGGCUGGCAGUCUCUGGAAACCCUGAGUACCAUUGAGUCAUGUGACCCACAUUCGUUCAUUGCACUGUACGAUUUCAAAGGAGAAACUGAGGAUCAUUUGAAUAUAAAAGCCAAUCAGGAGGUAGGUGUGUGUUUAAUCCAUUGAAUUGCAGCGCUCUCCCCUUGACAAGUAAAAUUUUCUGACGUUAGACAGAGUAAAAUAAUGAAGUAAGAUGCAUCAGGGUGCAUUGCCACUUAGGGUUUAUUUCAAAUCCGACUAUGACCAGAUUUCAAGUCCGCACAAUUUGAUCAAGUCCGAGGCAAAGCUGAGGACUGGAUCAAAAUGUGAGGACUUGAAAUCUAGUCCAGUACAAAUUGGAGGAAUUUACUGAAUUAAUUUUGACCCAGUCUAAGGACUGAAGCAAUUUUGAUCCAGUCCAAGGACUGAAUUAAUUUGGAUCCAGUCAAUCCAAAGACUGAAUUAAUUUGGAUCCAGUCCAAGGACUGAAUUAAUUUGGAUCCAGUCAAUCCAAAGACUGAAUUAAUUUUGAUCUAGUCCAAGGAUUGAAUUAAUUUGGAUCCAGUCAAUCCAAAGACUGAAUUAAUUUUGAUCCAGUCCAAGGACUGAAUUAAUUUGGAUCCAGUCAAUCCAAAGACUGAAUUAAUUUUGAUCCAGUCCAAGGACUGAAUUGAUUUUGAUCCAGUCCUAGGACUGGAUCAAUAUACUUCAUCAGGUAUCCAGUAUCAUGUGAGCAAAAUAAAGCAACAUGGUUGGCUAAUUUACUCAUGAAUUACUAAUGAGAUUGAGCUGUAUCAGGGCCAUAAGGCCCAAUUUGGAAGUGAUCUCACUGGUUGUGUGUGGUGAAUGCAAGUGCCGGGAAAAACAUCUAGAGAGAUUCGGGUGAUUGCUCCCCGCGGAAAGAUUUUGAUUUUCUUAAACUCCAAAAGUGUUUUUUUUUUGCGCUGCAGGAUGCAAGAAACAGAAAAUGUUUUCUCACUCUGGGGGCCCGAUGGAAAUAGGGUGUUAUCAGGUUGUGCAGGCUAGAUGAGCAGUCCGAUGACAAAAGUCAAUCCAAGCCAGUGUGACCAGAUUUUCCAGUGGUUAUUACUAAACUUUGUGUUCAAAGUGUAGUAAAUCGAGAAACAUUUCACCAAAUUAACGCCCUGUGGAUGUAUAAAAAACCCACAGCUUGAACAUAUAUUUACCUAAUAUAUAUUGUCCUCUAAGGUGUGGAUUCUCAGUGACAGUGACAACGGUGAAUGGAGCCACGGUCAGUUACGAAAUGGUCAAACAGGAUGGCUACCUCGAAGCUACAUUGCACCCAUUGACAGUUUGGAUAAGCAUUCAUGGUACCACGGUCAAAUCUCUCGCAUCAAAGCAGAAAUCGUUUUAAACAGUGGAAUAAAUGGUAGCUUUUUGGUACGAGAAAGUGAAUCGAAUGCCAGUCAGGUAUCGGUGUCUAUACGAUUCGAUGGGCGUGUAUACCAUUACCGAGUUAGCAAAAACACCGAAGGUAAACUGUAUAUUUCAGCCGGUAACAAGUUUGCAACCCUAGCCGAGCUGGUGCAUUACCAUUCGCAGCAUUCAGAUGGUCUGGUUACAACUCUCCAUUACCCAGCGCCAAAGACGGAAAAGCCGACAAUCUAUGGUACGCAUCAACCGGAUAAGUGGGAAGUGGACCGAGAUGAGAUUUGUAUGAAACAACGGCUUGAUGCUGGACAGUAUGGCGAGGUGUACGAAGGACUGUGGAAGACAUAUCACAAAAAAGUUGCUGUCAAAACACUAAAGGUAAACAGUUUUCUAAUAAAAAAUGGAAAAUUUGACUGUACAUUGGGUCAUUCCAGAGAACAUCCAGACCUCCCCACGGAGGACAUUGGAUGUUAACCACCCUACCCUCUUCGGAUGUCCUAAUACACUUACUAUUAUCAACAACAAAUUUGUCUGCCCUUUGCCCUCCUAACAGCACAAAUUUCCUCCAUGGGGGAGUGUGGAUCGCUUCUGGAACAACCCAUUAUGCCAUUAUGUAUGCAACAACAAAUUAUGUUUGGAUGUAUUUAAGUUACAUCUCUCAAAUGACAGGUAAGAAAGUAUGAUAUAAUGAUUCCUUAUUUAAGAUUCUCUCAUAAUGCAUGUGUAAAAAAUGGAAAAUAUCCCUCAAUCUUUGUUGCUGAGGCAAAUGUUCCUUGCAAUCCUUGAGCCACUUUUUUCCAGGAGUGUCACACCCACAACCUGUACUUCACUCAGUAACACCUACCCACACACACAUCCACAACCCGUACUCCCCCCCCCCCCCCAGCUUUACUAGAGUAAUAUUUAGUUUUGUACUAAUACCAGGAAGAGACAAUGGAGGUGAAUGACUUUCUCUGUAAGAACUUGGUUCAACUCUAGGGGUGUCACAUUCUCACCCAGCUUAAUUAAUACACACCCCUAGUGCUUCUAGUUAGCAAUAUUUAGUUAUUUAUUAACACUAGGAAGAGACAUUGGAGGUGGAUGACUUUCUCCGUGAAGCAAACGUUAUGAAGAAACUAAAACAUAAGAACUUGGUUCAACUCUAGGGGUGUGAUACCCUUACCCUGCAAAGUACCCCUAGCCCCACUAUUUCAUAAUAUUUAGUUAUUUAUUAAUAUUAGGAAGAGACAAUGGAGGUGGAUGACUUUCUCCGUGAAGCAAACGUUAUGAAGGAACUGAAACAUAAGAACUUGGUUCAACUACUUGGAGUGUGCACUCGGGAAGCGCCAUUCUACAUCAUCACGGAGUUUAUGGAGGGAGGGAAUCUCCUGGAGCACCUGAGGGAUCCAGAGAAGAGCAAGGAUCUUGAUGCACUCAUGUUGAUGUACUACGCUACACAAAUCGCGUCUGCGAUGAUGUAUUUAGAAGAAAUGAACUUCAUUCACAGGUGGGUGGUCCGUGGACUCUCUACAUCUGUAAUGGAUCUGUAGAAAUUUGAUUUAUUUCAAAUUGACCACCGGUUACUUUGUUUAGUACUUGAAAUAUCAAUUUUGCUCUACGUUAUGGCCUGGUUAUAUUUGAAAACAACGUACUAUUUCGUAAAACUGAUUUAGUUAUUUGCCGUUUUAAAUCUUGUUUUCUAACUGUUGAGGAAUGAAAGUAGUGAUGAAGGCAUCAACAUUUGGAGAGGGGAGCUGUCAUCACGUUUUCACCAAAUUUUCCCCGAAUUCUGACCAAGUCGUAAACAUUUUUCCCGAAAAUGUUGUCGACAGGGAGGAGGGAGGUCAAAAAAUAUUCUCCGGACUAACAUAAGCAAAGCUUAAAUUUUUUUCCCGACCAACAAAAGCAAAGCUUGCAAUUUUUCCAGGCAAACAUAACCAAAGUUUAGAAAUUGUUAAAAAUGCGAACGAUUUCACAACUGACCAUCUUUUAUCUCAAACUUUGACCAAAUUUUACCAACUUUGUUCUCAAACUCUGACCAACUUUUUGAAUUAUUGGGGGUGUUAUACCUCCCCACACCCCCGAUAGCGAAGUCCCUGCUUUAACACUUCCUAAACCUCCCCCUUACCACAGCCGCCUACGCUGUCAACACAGCCACCCACUCGGAAUAUCUCUGAAAGCGCCGAACUACUUGUUGGGAAACCUUAGUUUAAUACUUUCGAUGGUGCAAAAUUUUCAGUUCUUAAUUG